AUGGGUGUGGGCCGGGCGCUCCCGCCGCGAUCGGACCUGGCGCCCGAGAGCUUCUUGGACGGGCAGCUAGCGGCUGUCGCCCUCGAGGCCCCGACGCGAACGGCCAAUACCACCACAGAACUCGGCCGACAGAGACGGCUGGUGGCAGAGGUGGAGGUUCUCAGCGUGGCGCGGCACCCCAAGGAGCUGGAGCUGCAGCUCGUCCAGGUCUCGGAUCCGGACUUUCCUUCGUCGCCUCCCCUGCCGGUUGUGGCUGAGGCCGGGAAGUGGAAGGCUGGUGACCGUGCCCUCUUGGUGCAGGUGGGCAGCCGCGUCCCUCGAGGCCUCGCCAAGUUCGAGGGAGCUUUCCGUGCCCUCGCCGGCCAA